AAUCCAUAUGUGGGGAGAGUAGUUAUGCCAAAUUUCCUACCACUGCUGUUGGGUAUAUAAGUGGAAGGAGACAGGCUUAGUUAUCAGAGACGGAUCUGUGAUUUCAUAAAAAACUCAAGAAGGAAUAUUCUCAAUAUGAAGGUGAUUGUAAUCCUGGCCGGCCUUUUUGCUGUUGUAGCAGUCGCUCAUGCUUAUUCUACUAACAUGCUGGAGGCUCUCUUGGAGGCAAUAAAUGAUGCAGAACUGGAGCAAGACGAACUCAGUAUGGAGAUCCAAGGAGAAUUUGAAGAGGCUGUCGCACGGGCUUCAAAAAAUACAGGUCGCACAACUACUCCCCCAACUGUUCCCACAACUGUUCCCCCAACUGUUCCUACUACUGUUCCCACUACUGUUCCCACUACUGUUCCCACGAUUGUUCCCACGACUGGUCACACAACUGAAGCCAUACUAGCUCAAGCUAUGUGUCAACUAGCCAGCCGGUCAAUCAGAGAACGUGUGUAUGCUGUCGGACGAGCUUGUUACAGUGGCACAAGCUGCACGCAAAUAUGUAAGAGUGCUCAACUAAAGAAGCAAGAUCCUGAGAUUAGGAGAGGUUCAAUGAGGUGUGCCUUGGCUUUCCAUGUGUACAAAAAUCGUCCAGCGACAAACCUCCAAGGAAGGCCUCUAACUGCAACACUUGGGCUCAAGACAAGGAGGGCGCUUUGCAGCUGGCGUGGCUGUGGACCAAACUUCUGCUGCUGUGUGAACAGGAGGUAGAUUCUCUGAACUGAAUAAAUACCUGAACCAGAUAACGUUGUAGCUAUAGCUUAUAUAGUUAGAAUAACAUUUGUAGCUUACUUAGUUAUAGGUACAGCUAGAGGAGGUACAGCUUAUAUGUGUUGCCUUUUUGCUUCCCGGCAUACUUUUUGGUGCUUUCCCUGGCCAAUUCUAAUAACUUUAAUGUAAUAUAAUACAAGCAGAUACUCUGCGCAGUUAAGGCCUGGGUCAGGCACUGAUAAGAUUAAUUUUAUUCAUUGCCAACAUUUUAUGUAGAUCAUGUAGAUCAUGUAGUGUUAAUGAGAUUCAUAAUGUUUAUUAAUGUUAUUCAUUGCAUGUGACGUCAUAAGGUCAAUGUAUUUGCUUAGCUAGCUGCUAGAACUAUUAUAGAUUAUCUUUGGCAACAAAUACGGCGGACUUAAACAAGCUCCCAUCAGGCUUUAUCAGAUCUGUGAUUUCACAAUACUCCUCAAAAAAAACUCUUCAAAGAACAACUCUCAAUAUGAAGUUGAUUGUAAUCCUGGCCAGCCUUUUUGCUGUUGUAGCAGUCGCUCAUGCUUAUUCUACUAACAUGCUGGAGGCUCUUUUGCAGAUAAUAGAUAAUACAGAACUGGAGCAAGACAAACCCAGUAUGGAGAUCCAGGGACAAUAUAAAGAGGUUUAUGCACAGGCCGGACGGACUCGUAAAACUAAAACUAAAGGUCGCACUCGCACUACCGUUCCCACGACCGUUCCCAUGACUGUUCCCACGACUGUUCCUACAACUGUUCCUACGACCGUUCCCAUGACUGUUCCCACGACUGUUCCUACAACUGUUCCUACGACUACGCUUAAUCCCACGACUGGUCACACAACUGAAGCCAUACUAGCUCAAGCUAUGUGUCAACAGGCCAGCACAACAAACAGAGAAUUUGUGUACGCUGUUGGACGGGCUUGUUACAGUGGCAAAAGCUGUACGCAAAUAUGUGAGAGUGAUCAACUAAUGAAACAAGAUCCUGUGCUUAAGACGGGUACAAUGAAGUGUGCCAUGGCUUUCCAUGUGUACAACAAUCGUCCAGCGACAAACCUCCAAGGAGAUCCUCUAACAGCAACACUUGGGCUCAAGACAAGGAGGGCACUGUGUAACUGGCUUGGCUGUGGACCCAACUUCUGCUGCUGUGUGAAGCAGGCGUGGUAGAUUCUCUGAACUGAUUUAAAUGUAUACCCUGUAACUCGGAACUUAAGUAAUUACAUAAAAUGUGUAGCUUAGCUUGAGGACACAGUGUUGCCUUUGUUUUAUAGUGAGCUAGAAAUAAUCAUAGAAGCAGAGUUUGA